AUGGAAGAUCAAGAACAAAAACAACAUGCUCAGUCUCAAAGUUCCAAUACUAAUAAUCCAAACAACAUUGAAAGGAGUGAAACUGUGAGAUCAAGAUGGACACCAAAACCUGAACAAAUCCUUAUACUUGAGUCCAUCUUUAAUAGUGGAAUGGUUAAUCCACCAAAAGAUGAAACCAUUAGAAUAAGAAAACUUCUUGAGAAAUUUGGACCUGUUGGUGAUGCUAAUGUUUUUUAUUGGUUUCAAAAUCGCCGCUCUCGCUCUCGUCGCCGUCAAAGGCAGAUGCAGGCCGCCUCUCAACUAAGCGGUGGCAGUGCAAAUCCAUAUCACCAAUACCAGUGCAGCACCAACAGUGCUAACACUCUGUCUCUUGGUGCUGCUGUUGGUUUUGGUGGUUUCACUAAUUUCACUAUGAAUUCUUCAUCUUGUAAUUCAUCUUAUAAUAAUAACUUUUCGGGUUCUUCUUCAUCAUGUGGUGUUGGUGUCGGUCUUGGCAUCGGUGUUGGUGGUGGCAGUAACGGUGGCGGAGAAGAAGGAUCUGGUGGUUUGUUCUUAGGCCCUACUCCAAAUAAUUUCCCUGAAAUUGAUCAUACUUCAGCUGCUUCUUCAGUUUUGUACCCUACAAAUCUCAACUUGCACUCAGGAUUUGGGGUGAGUAAUGUUUCAGAUGUGAUCAUAGUGUUCAUCAAUGGGGUUCCAACAGAAGUUCCAAGGGGUGCAAUUGACAUGAAAACAAUGUUUGGUGAAGAUGUUAUGUUAAUUCAUUCCUCUGGAGUCUCAGUUCCAACCAAUGAAUUUGGUUUCUUGAUGCAAAGCUUGCAGAAUGGUGAAAGCUACUAUCUGGUUUCAAAGCAAACCCAACCAUGA